AUGAGCGAUGAGGACGUGUACGAGGUCCAUGAUCGGAAGAAGAGGAAGACUCGGCAGGAUGGACUUCAAGGCGAGUUUCUGGCUAGCGAAGAGACAGCCGUGCUGCCAUCGGCGGGUGGCGUGGCUUUGGACUUGUCUCAGUCAUGGGAAUUUGGUCAGUACGAACAGUGCGAAUGGCACAUUUUCGCGCAGGCUGGAAAGAGACAAGCAAAGCCCCACGUCAAUGCCAACUCGGUCAUGAGCCGUUGGCAGCUGUAUGGUUGA